AUGGAGAGCGCCUCCUCACCGGACCCAUUCCCAGCGACCCGGCCACCAGCACCUCUCCAAACCGUCAGUCCGAAUCCAGUGCGCAAUUUCCUACUACGGAGAUUUCGUCGCCACGCUGGUUGGCAUCGCCAUGCUGAGGACCGUAAUCAUCAUCUAGAUCGCGAUCGGAUCGGGCCCGUCCUCCACUUCGAGUCCAAUCGGUGGCUCCUCAUUGGGAUGCAGGCGCGUCUCCACGGAUACAUUAACGGGUGGUUCGCCGCCAUUGCCGCGCAGACGUCGCGCCCUUUUGGGCUCCGGGGGCCUGCGCCAGCAGACGAGGGUGCCCGGGGUGUUGAAUCGCGUAUGCUGAAUCGCGUAUGCGCGACGAUAACGGGGCAGUUGCUCUGUAAUGUCUCCAUGAUGUUUGUUGGUGAUGCGCACAGCACAACUCGGCCGACGAUCGGAAAGGGGUGGAUCUGCGAGGCGCGCUGCGUCCGUUGCAUCUAA